UAGUAGCAUAUCUUAUCAGUUCGUUGUAAACUCAUCUGGAGUCAGCAUCCAAAGCUUUGCUCCGGGUGCAACAGUGGCUGUAAUUGUGAUUUUUCAUAUUAGGAAAAAAAUCUAUACAUUUUUACUAGUGGUUUUAUAAUCUCCGUUUAGUGGCGAAUUGGGAAAUACCCAGAAGUUGGCAGCAAUAUACAAAUCAGAUAAGCUUUUCCGAAGAACAAUCAUGUUGGACAGCAAGCUGAACAACAUUCGUUUCGAGACAAUAUCUAGCAAGUACUAUGACGACGUGAUCGAACACCUUCGACAGACUUUCUUCGCCGAUGAACCGUUGAACAAGGCGGUCAACCUUACCCGUCCAGGCCAGGGCCACCCACUCCUCGAGCAGCACAGCCUGUCCACCCUUAGGGAUAACGUUAGCAUUAUGGCCAUUUCGAACGAUGGUGACAUUGCCGGGGUUGCGUUGAAUGGAAUACUCUACGGGAAUAGUGAUAUCGAGCAUUCCAGGGAGAAGCUGAACGAUAUUCAGGACGAGAACUUCAAGAAAAUAUUCAAACUUUUGUACGAGCAAAAUUUGAAAAUCAACCUGUUCAAGCAAUUUGAUGUGGACAAAAUAUUUGAAAUAAGAAUACUCUCCGUUGAUUCAAGAUUCCGCGGCAAAGGAUUAGCAAAGAAACUAAUUGAAAAAAGCGAAGAACUUGCUUUGGAUCGUGGAUUCCAGGUUAUGAAAACCGAUGCAACCGGAGCGUUUUCGCAGCGUGUCGUCAGCUCACUGGGAUUCAUAACCAAAUGUGAAAUCAACUACACGGACUACUUGGAUGACAAUGGCGAGCAGGUCUUCGUUGUCGAUCCCCCUCACGAGAAGCUGAAAAUUAUGUGCAAAGUGAUCAACUAAGUAGGCGAUGGGACUUCCUGCGAAACUGUGCUGAAAUGGCGCUCUGUUGCACUACUGAAGAAACGACCGUACUAGUCAUUGACAAUAGAAAUACCGAUAAUCAUGAUAACUAUUGAGUAAAAAAUGUAUGUUACCAGUGGUAAACCGUGUUAUUCGACAGAAAACUUAUUUACUUCAGUAUUUUCAUCGUUUUUAGUGAAUGUUAUUUUAUCCACAAUAUUUUAAAAUAUUUACCCGUAAAAUAUUUUUAUAUUAAAAAUGCUUUGAGUGUUUUAGCAUUUAUAUAGGAUCGCUAACAAAAGUUAGAACCAGUUGAGGAAUGAUGCCACUUCACAGUUCGUAUUUUGAAAGAUUUUGAAAAUAUCAAAUAAAGCACAAAUAAUUACCGCAAACCACCACAAACCGACCAAUUUUGAGUGAUCAUAUUGAUUAUAUUAGGAACUUUGAAACAAUCAAACACCCAAUCCACAAUGGCUUGAAGCAAAAAAGAACUCAUCAAACUACAUGUAUGAACCAACUGUAGAACAGAGAACACAAAAUAAACGGUAGUGUUACCAAAUGUAUACGUAUGCAUAAAUCAAA